AUGAGUCAGCAGCCAGGGUACUACCCUCCCCCACCUCAGCAACCGUAUUAUCCUCCGCCUCCUCCACAGCAACUCUAUCCUCCUCGUCCACCUAUGGGAGUAUAUUCACCUGUUCCUAACGCAGAAUCCGCACACUAUCAUCAUCCUCCAAGCUAUGAACAAGGAAGAGUACAAAACACAGUGGCAGAAAAAUGGAAUCCACGACCUAAAUUUCAAG